AGAUCUAUUGAUUGCAAGUUGUAUCGGGGGAGGAAAACUUGUUUAAGAAAAUUAUAAAAAAAAAGAGUGACAAACAUUCAGCGGGGCGUAGAGUGAUCAUGAAUUUACUAGCGUCAUGCACAACCUCAUGAAGGCUAGGAGGAGAGGCAUGCUGCUUUGCCUAAGGGGGCUGUGACUCUGUGCUUGGAUGCUUGCAGAGCUUAGUGGCAAGCAGUGACUGCCUCAAGUGCAGAGGAGAAUGGGAAGUGCCUCGUCCAAGUUCAAGAAAUAUCUUCAACAUGGCGACGAAUUUGCAGCUAUGCAGGUGUUCCAGAGUUCUCCUGAAUUACGGUCCAACCUUGAUCCCAACGCAAGUUACGGAGAAUCUCAUGGUCACAACACUCCAUUGCACUAUGCAGCUAAGCAUGGAAUGAAGCAUUUAUUAAGGACCUUUUUAUGUGAUCUUGGGGGUAAUCCAAACAAGAAAAAUGCCGAAGACGAGAGUUCAGUCCAUUGUGUAUGCCGUGUUGGGCAGGCCAAGUCACCAUCAGCUGAGGAGAGAAGAGCAGCGUGUGUUGUUAUGAUCCUUCAGUGGAGAGGACCUGUCUUGCAGGAUGGGGAGAAGGAAAGAGCACAGUUAAAUGCCCAGGAUAAGAAAGGCAAUACGGCCCUCCACUAUGCAUCAGCUUCAGGACUCCGGAAGUGUGUGGAGCUGCUUGUGGCUCAGGGGGCGGGGCUUUUUAUAGAGAACCGCGACCGGUUAACGCCUUGUGAUCUGGCUGUUAAAUCCACACAUCAUGACGUGGCUACGUUUUUGGAGUCCCGCAUGGUGUUUGCUGACAGCAGUGACGGCAUCAACGAGGGGGAGGUGGUGGGUACUGAGGUAGAGACAGACUGUGACAGUGAAGUCUACUCAGGCCUCCGAGCCCAGGAUCUACAGGAGGCAAAGGAUCAACUGCUUGUGGAGACGGCGGACAUGCUCCACAUUCCUCUCUUUACUGCCGAGGCUCUUCUCAGGGAUAAUGAAUGGUCCAAGGCAUUGCUAUUGGAGAAGUGGAUGACAAAUGCUGUUCAGUGUUGCGAGGCAGCGGGGAUUGCGCCGCCUGCCUCUGCUCUCCAGCUGGUGGCUCCAACACCUCCCAUGAUGACACCAUCCCCACCCAGUUCUGUGAUCACACCUCCUCCUCCUCCUCACAUCCCCGGGGAGAGCAUGGAGGAAGAGGAUCUCGGGGAAGGGAGUGUGGAAAAUAUGUGCUAUCCACAGUGCGACAUCUGCUUGGGAGAGAUGAGAAUAUGGGAGCUCGGGGAACAUGUGGGAACAAGCUGCGAGCACCAGUUUUGUGCAACAUGCUGGGAAAGGUACCUGACACUCAAGAUCCAAGAGGGCGGUGCACACCACAUCCUCUGUCCGGCCGUCCGGUGCAACAUUCUAGUAGAUGUGGAUUUCAUUGAGAAGAUGGUUAGUCCAGAGAUGGCGAGAAAAUAUUUGCAAUUUGACAUUCAGGCAUUUGUUGAGAAAAACAAGACAAUCAAAUGGUGCCCUCAGCCUGGAUGUGGAAGAGCUGUCAAGUUCCCAGAGGCAGAGCUUGAAACACAACCUUUCUUCUUCCCAAACACAAAACCACCUCCAAAAACGUCCCAUGCAGUGGACUGCGGCAAUGGGCAUUUUUUCUGCUGGGAGUGUCUUGGCGAAGCACACUCUCCUUCAGGGUGCGAACAGUGGAUUGAAUGGCAAAGCAAAGUUGCCGAGGUGAAGCCGGAAGAGCUGCGUAUCAACUCGGGAGAGACGGAGGAUGCGGCCAACUUCCUCUGGCUUGUCACCAAUUCCAAGCCGUGUCCCAACUGUAAAAGCCCCAUCCAGAAGAACGAGGGCUGUAAUCAUAUGAAGUGUUCUAAAUGCAAGUUUGAUUUUUGUUGGGUCUGUCUUGAGAGCUGGAAAAAACAUUCAUCGGCAACAGGAGGAUACUUCCGGUGCAACAGAUUUGAUGCGGCAAAUAAGGCCGAUGAGAAGCUGGGAGUUCUAAUGUCAGAGGCAACUGUUCGGAAUCAUCAAAUGCAGGAACUCAAUAGAUUUAUACAUUAUUACACACGCUUUAAAAAUCACCAAAAUUCACUCAAAAUGGAAGAGCCACUAUUAAAAACUGCUAGAGAUAAAAUGGAGGUUCUUGCAACCUCCUUACCAUCACAGGAGCAACAAGGACAAGCAUCUGUGGAGAAAGGGACCAGGUUUGUGGAGGAAGGUGUUAAAGAAUUAUUAAAGGCGCGGAGAGUCCUCUGUGGUUCCUAUGUGUAUGGAUAUUACCUAGAAGAUAAUGGCUAUAACAAGACCAUCUUUGAGUACAUGCAGAACGAACUAGAAGAGGUGACAGAAAAGCUAUCAGAAAUGGUAGCGCGUCAGUACCUUGUAACACCUAGAGGACAGAUUAUCGCAACAACUCUACUCACUCGGAGACGAAGGCACAAAUUUGUAAGAGCUGUGAGCAGAGGUCUCUUACCCCCAGAAACACCCCCCUCACUGCGCAAAUCACGGAAGAGGAGAUUGCCGGGCCUCAUGGGGAUGGAUCCGGCGGAUGACAUGGAGAAUGUAGAGGUGAUGGGGCGGGCACUAGACCCUGCUCAGCCAUGGGUUAAAGACUCUCGUGGUCGGCACACCAACCUGGCAGCUCUCCUGGACUGGCCCGACCUAGAUAUUGAUGAAGAGGAAAGUAGCUCAAACCAAGAACUCACAUUGACGUUGCUAGGGAAGUGCAGCAGAAAAUCCUGUCCUCGACCUCGUGCGCGCAACCCUCGAACCGGAACCAUUCAUGACUACUGCUCUUUUGCGGUGGUGCACAGCAGGCAAAAUACCUUCCAGAACCAGGUGAAGGUGAGACUUCCUCAUGGGAAGGCUGUGACUCGAGCAUGGAGCUCCUCAUUGCCCUGGAGAUGUCGAGACUCCAGAUGAUCGAAGACGAGGCAAGAAGAAGACUGUCAUGGCUGCAAGAACACUCUCGGGAACACGGCUGGGAUGGAACAGGGGACGCCAGAGCUGUCCAAGGCUGCAGGCUAGCCUUCCCGGAGCAACUCUUGCGGGGAAUAUCCUUGGAUAUGAGGCUGCCUAUGUUGCAAGUCGGGUUGCGGGUCGAGACGAAGCCUCUGCAUGGCCUGGGACAGAUGGGGUGGAAGGAGCAGCUUCAUGCAACCCACCAGUGC